CAGGGUUGCUCUGAUUCAAAAAAAAAAAAAAAAGACAAGAAUGCAAAAGCCCUGUACUGUUGUCACGGAUUCACAAGGCACACAAAGAUGGUUCGCUGCUGUUCUUGCUUUUUUUUUAAAAAAAAUAUUUGAUUCGUCCAUCGGAUCCUUAUCUACCGAUUAGUUUUGAACCAUACCUACAACGAUUUGUUUACAAUGAAUGUUCAAUCCUUAGUUUCAACAGCUCUGAGCUCCGCCAAAUGUACUCAAGACAUCUUCUUGAUAUACAGUCAAUGAAGGCUAGCAUAAAUAUUACCCGAUUUAAACGUUUCCUUCGGAUUUCAAUUCCAGGUCAUACGAGGAACCUGUGGUAUCGUCUUUUGCAAAACAAAAUCUCCAGCAAGACAAUUACCACCUCCAUCUUGCAACUACCAGAUGAUAACUAUGUUGAUCAUUACCAACUAUUAGAUACAUACCUUCGUCUCAAUAGCUUUGAAAUUCUUUCUGCUGUCUUCUCUUCUAUUUGGAAUGCCUACUGGCGCCAUCAUUUCGAUUCUUGCUUGUACGAUGAUCAAGUAAUACUCGACGAAGUCAUCAAAAUAAUACGAAAACUAUCUGCUUACAAAUACUUGUAAAUUCUGUCUUUUUGAGACAAGCCAUUGCUUCUUACACUUGUUCUCCUUUAAAUAUAUCCCCUUAUUCGAUGAGUUUAAUUAAAUAAAUCCAUCC